AUGGCUUCCACCGCGGUCCUCAAGAGCGUGCGAGCGCACCCCAAGCUCCUGUCGCUGCAGCACGUCGACGACGUCUUCCUCCUCUCGUGCACCGGCAACGCGCCCAUGACUCCCCUCGGCCACGACGCGUCCCUGUUCACCGCCGCCACCGUCUCCCCCCGCGAUCCCGCCGCCAAGCUCGCAGCCGCCGCAGCCGUCGCCCCUCCCGCCUCCAUCUCCUCCGCCUCAUUCAGCCCCGCUUCCUCCAAGCUGCAGGCGCAUCCCGCCUCUGCAUUUGCCAGUCACCGCGCGUGCAUUUCGUCGUCUGCCUCGAGCGACGACGCGUCCGACGAGGAGCUCGACGACGAGCUCGACGACAGCUCCCGUGCGUCCGGUGGCUCGUCGUCGUCGUCACUCGCCACGUCGUCGGUCAAGAGCAACACCGGCCGCUGGACAGAAGCCGAGCACCAGCUCUUUCUGCAGGGCCUCGAGACCUUUCCCUACCGUGCGUGGAAGAAGAUCGCGACGCUCAUCAAGACGCGCACGGUCGUGCAGAUCCGCACGCACGCGCAAAAGUACUACCAGAAACUGGAGAAGGAAGAGGCGCGUCUAAAGGAGCGCCAAGCGCAGGACCGUGCGGCACUGGCAGCUGGGGCUGAUGGCGCCGCGUCUCCGCUUCCUCCUCUGGUGUCGACGCCGCCCAGUCCGGCAGCACAGAAGAAGAAGAUGCAUUUGAUGCGCAAACGCAAGUGCUCGGUGCUGGAUAUGGACAUGGCCAGUGACGCUCUCGUGCUGCCGAGUGUACCCAAACGUCUCGCUCGGGAGCAGCCGCUGGCUGCCCACAUGUCUCCCAAGCAGAAGCACUUGUCGUCGCUUUCUGGCUCCAAGCUGCUGCUCGGUGGCCAUCCCAUGGACGCUCGCUUCGUGUUCAACCGCACCCAAAAGAGCCACCACAGUGGCAUACAAGCAUCGCACCAGCUGCCGCUGGACUUUGCUGACGCUGCAGCCGAAGCCAUGAUCUUGGAGUUUGCCGAAGACAAAGUGCUGGCUGAUUACUCGCUCGACUGUGUGGACCAGACGCUGGCGUCGAUUGACAAUGACGAUUUGCUGCAAUUGACCGAGGAAGAGCUCGAAUGGUUCUCGACAACGAGCACAGAGAGCAACUCGGUGAGUGGUGACGUUUUGUCGGAAGGAGCUGCUGUGGACAUGGUCAGUGCCGAGUGCUGUGGAACAGCGAGUGAUCCGGCUGCUCUGGACUGUGAGAACUUUGCUGCCGACUUGUGUCUCGACGACGAGGAUUUUGUGCUGGACCCGGAGAAGUUUUUAUCGAGCUACUUUGCUCCGACCGAGCAGGCUUGA